AUGAACCCAUGGUCCAGUUAUCUGUUGGGAUGGACAACUUUCCUCCUCUACUUCUAUGAGACAAGUGGAAAUCAGAAAGAUUCAUGUGUAUUUCCCUUCGUCUACAAGGGGUCUUCUUACUUCUCUUGCAUCAAAACCAAUAGCUUCUCUCCUUGGUGUGCAACCAGAGCUGUUUAUAAUGGGCAGUGGAAAUUCUGCAUGGCAGACGAUUACCCACGAUGCAUCUUCCCCUUCAUCUUUCGAGGAAAGUCCCAUAACAGCUGCAUCACGGAGGGCAGCUUCCUCAGAAGGCUGUGGUGCUCAGUCACCUCCAGCUUUGAUGAGAAUCAGCAGUGGAAAUACUGUGAAACCAACGAGUAUGGGGGAAAUUCUUUCAGCAAGCCCUGCAUCUUCCCCUCCAUCUUCAGAAAUAGCACAAUCUUUGAAUGCAUGGAGGAUGAAAACAACAAGCUCUGGUGCCCAACCACAGAGAACAUGGAUGAGGAUGGGAAGUGGAGCCUCUGUGCUGAUACUAGAAUUUCCUCCUUGGUUCCUGGCUUUCCCUGCCACUUCCCAUUCAGCUAUAAAAACAAGAAUUAUUAUAACUGUAUCGGCAAAGGAACAAAAGAGAACCUUACGUGGUGUGCAACCUCUUACAACUACGACCGGGACCACACCUGGGUGUAUUGCUGA